AUGGGAUCUCAUGCAGGACAAAAACCACACGUAGUUUGCGUGCCUUAUCCGGCUCAAGGCCACAUCACUCCGAUGCUUAAAGUGGCUAAGCUUCUCCACGCCAGAGGCUUCCACGUCACCUUCGUCAACACUGUCUACAACAACAACCGUCUCCUACGAUCCCGUGGUCCCAACGCCCUUGAGGGCAUUCAUUCAUUUCGGUUCGAGUCCAUCCCUGACGGCCUACCAGAAACUGACGUGGACGUUACGCAGGACAUCAUUUCCCUUUGCGAUUCCACCAUGAAGCACUGUCUCACUCCGUUUAAGGAGCUUCUCCGGAAGAUUAACGCCGGAGGUGAUGUCCCUCCGGUGAGUUGUAUCGUAUCCGACGGUUGUAUGAGCUUUACUCUUGAUGCUGCAGAGGAACUCGGUGUCCCGGAUGUUUUUUUCUGGACCACAAGUGCUUGUGCCUUCAUGGCUUAUUUCCACUUUUACCUCUUCGUCGAGAAGGGUAUAGCUCCUUUUAAAGGUACGUUUUCUUACAAUGAUUAA